GUCUAGUUUCGUUUCUGCCAGCUCUGCCGGAUGCAUCCAGACAUUCUGUAUAAACAUCUGUCUAAAAACCGUUAACUAUACUGCGUUAAAGCUGGUUAUCUUCCUCAACUAUCUAUAAGAACGAGACACCAUAGUCAGUAAACCUUAAAGGGAUAUUCAGCAUCUUUUACACACUUCAGCAGUCCAGCUGUCACUAUGAACCCCAUGCUAACCAACAGCCAGCAGAAAACAAUCUGCUCUAAGGUGGGAAGAGUCAAACUUAAGUUGCUGUACAAGGCCAGCAUCCAUGGUUUCACUGGCGGAGCCUUCCACCAACAAUGUGACACCCGCUGUCCCACAGUGUCUGUGGGCUACAACACCUCUGGUUAUGUGUUUGGAGGCUACACCAAACAACCUUUCAAUCAGUCUGGACAGUAUGUGGGUGAUGACCAGGCCUUUCUUUUCACCUUCAGUGGAGAAAACCUCCUUAAAUAUCCAGUCACCAGUCCCAACUAUGCAGUGAAAAUGAUAGCUAACUCUGGUCCGUAUUUUGGAGAAGCAUUGGCGCUUGUCAAUGGAAGCAAAGCAGUUGUGUACAGCAGUCCAGGAAAUUAUUAUAACUUCAAUGCUGCAGAAAUGCACGGCAACGACCUCAACCUGACAGAGUGUGAAGUAUAUCAAGUGGAGGAAACCACAGAACUUGAGAGCCCAUGGAGGACUAUAAUCUGGAAAUCUGAGAAGAGGAAGGAGCUGAUGGAGAAUAUUAUGAGCUACAAACCCACAGUCAGCUCUGUGUCCCAAGUUCGGGUUCUGCUCAUUGGACCAGUUGGAGCUGGAAAGUCCAGUUUCUUCAAUUCCAUCAACUCUGUAUUCAGAGGCCAUGUCACCAGCCAGGCCAUAGCUGGCUGCUCUACCACCAGCCUCACCACACAGUUUCGCACCUACUCUUUGAAAGCCGGGCGAGAAGGAAAACCUCUGCCAAUCCUCUUGUGUGAUACCAUGGGUUUGGAGGAAAGCACAGGGGCAGGGCUUGAUAUAGAUGACAUCAGCAACAUCCUUAAAGGUCAUCUGCCAGACCGUUAUCAGUUUAACCCCUCUGCUCCUCUGCAUUCGGAUGCGCAAGGCUAUCGUAAGUCUCCAGGGCUCAAGGACAAGAUCCACUGUGUUGCCUACGUCAUUGAUGCCUGCAAGGUCUCCAUCAUGCCCACAAAGCUGGAGGAGAAGCUGGAUGCUAUCCGCAGAAAGGUCAACUUAAUGGCUCAUGCAAUUAGGGUAAAAGGACUACAAGGACCGUAAGGGUAUGACUGAAAUGCAGAUGCCUGUGGAAGAGCUGAUGCAGUUCAUUAAUUUAUGGAGGCCGGGCCACUGCACGCGGACUAGGGGCCAGAGUCGGCCAGGCCACUGAUGGAAAGCCAGGAGCAAGAGUUGGCCAACUAGGGACCAGGAGGGAACCAGACUGCUGACAGCCAUCUGUGUCAAGAGCCAUGGUGACCAUGCCUUCUUCCUGUAAAUAGCCAGACGAGUCCCUAAAGGUGACAGCUGGACAUUGGUGUGGCUCCUCGGCCGUACCAAAGGCUCAUGGGGUUCAGGGAAUGCAGGACCAGGAUAGGCAUGCUGCAGGAUCACAAAACUGAGCCCAAUCGACAAGAGCAGGGGUAUUUAAUUAGAAUUCAAAGAGGUCCAGUUAGAGAAAAUUUUUGUGAAGCAAAGAUCCAGAACAUCAUAACGACUAACUUGCGUUAUCAUUCAGUACCAUAACAUAUAGUUGUAUCAACAUAUGUUUUUAGUCAAUAACUGACAAUAUUUCAACAAUAUUCAGUUUUCAAACUGGAGGGAUAGUAAAUAAUAACUACUCUAAUAAAUUCUAAAUUUAACUAUACUAAAAUAAAGUGCUUAAUUUCAGGGGAAAAAAAGUGUAGCCUACAGUGAUGAAGUGCAGUCUUAACCAAUUUUAUAAUAAACACUCAACACAUAUUAACAAAUGAACAGCUGUAAUGCCUCCUCUUCUCUUUCAUUCCCAUAUAGCUACCUCUUUCCUACUGUCUCUUCAGUAGAGAAAUGUGAGCUCUAGCUUGUCCUGCCAGCUACGAUUGGAGCUAUAUGAGAUAUUCUGGUUUUGAACUGCCCGUGGGAGGAAUGUACAUGUAAGAAUCUGUACAUUCUUGAUUAAAACCCAUGUGAAAUCUCUUUUCUCUUUUUCGCCUCUUCUCUCCCUGUGUGUUUCCAAAACGUCUCCGGAGAGGACAGCAGCUGGAACCCAAGCAUUUAUGUUGGCGCCAUUCUGUGUAUUGGGAUGGGGUGGUGCUGUGUUCUGCCACAAGUCUACUUAAGACAGGGGUUAAUUAGUGCAGGUGUGGCGCACAGCGAGGUGCAUGUUUUUUGACCAUGAGGCACGGCGUGUAAUCAUGGAGACUGACUUGAGUUAAGUUUAUUGUUUAAGAAAUGUUUCAUUUUUUGUUAUGUUAAUAAAUGGAUUGGCAUAUCCGACUUUAA